CAAAUCGAAACACACAACACAGAGCGGGAGAAUUUAGAGAGAGAAACAAACGUACAGAAAGAGAAAAUGUCGGGUUUCUCGUCGGCGGCGGGCCAAUCCGCUUCAGGCUUCCCAUUCUCCAACACCACUCCGUCGUCUUCCUCAUCGCCGGCGCAAUUCUCAUUCGGAUCCUCCACCACUGAGUUCUCAUUCGGAUCCUCUCUUCUCUCCUCCACAAACCCUGCCUCAACUCCUUCCUUCUUAGCCUUCAACACCUCCUCAUCUUCGUCUUCUUCCUCGUCAAACCCUAGAUCCGCCGCCGCGCCAUUAUUCGGCUUCGCGUCACCGGCGCAGAAUUCCAAUCCCUCUACCUCUCUGCUUGGCGCCGCCUCCGCUGCGGCUCCGAGUUCUCCACUUUUGGGCUCGGCUUCUUCUCCUUUGUUUGGAACAGCGUCGAUUUCGGCACCAGGUACGGGUUCAUCUUUGUUUGGAGCAUCGUUAUCCAGUUCUAGUACAAGUUCAUCCCAGUUUGGGGCAGCUUCAUCUGCGGCGAGCUCUGCUCCGUCUUUGUUUGGGGCAUCUUCAUCCGCGGCGAGCUCUGCUCCGUCUUUGUUUGGGGCUUCUUCUUCUUCCUCUUCGUCUUCGUCGACUAUUACAUCUGCAUUUUCUGUUGGUUCAUCAUCAUCAUUGUCUUCUUCGGCUUCAGCCACUCCUGCAUUCCCAAGCCUAUCAACGACCAGUUCUUCUUCUUCGGGAUUUGGCUUUCCGUUCUCUACUACGGCUUUCGGAAAGCCCUCAACGGAUUCCGCAUCUACAACCUCCAUUUCCACAGCUCCUUCCCUUGCCACAUCGAGCUCUUCGGGUUUCUCUUUCGGAACUUCAGCUUCUCAGCCUUCCUUUCUGUCGAAUUCCAUCAAUGCACCCUCAACCAGCUCUACCGUUUCCGCCACAAAGUCGACGCUGUCGUUCUCGACAUCUGCAGCACCGUUGUUUUCGACCGUUACGACGACGAGCGCUUCUUCAACUCCGGCCUCAAGUGGUGCAACCCAGUCUUCUCUCUCGUUGCCAGCAUUUGGCUCUUUGUCUGCGACAACAACUACUACUACGGCUUCCACAGUGGCAGCUGUUUCCUCAUCCGCCACACCGUUGUUUACCGGCUUUAGUGUCGCUAGCAAACCUGCUUCAUCCGCCGGUGCUGGUUCUUCUCUGAGCUUUUCGUUGACCGAAACAACUGCCCCUGCUGCAUCCACACAAGCGUUACCAACCGCUGCUUUGCCCACCAUUGGUGUUUCUGCUUCAACUUCUACGACAUUGACGGCAUCCAGUUCCAGCACUACUGCAACUGGGACAACUUCAAGUGUCAGCACUACAGUAUCUGCAGCACCAAAAUUACCAUCUGAGAUCACGGGGAAAACUGUUGAAGAGAUCAUUAAGGAGUGGAAUGCUGAGCUGCAAGAACGUACUGGAAAAUUUCGAAAGCAGGCUAAUGCAAUAGCGGAGUGGGACAGGAGGAUUUUACAUAAUCGUGAUGUUCUUCUCAGGCUUGAGAUUGAAGUGGCAAAAGUGGUUGAGACCCAAGCUAAUUUGGAGCGGCAACUGGAGUUAAUUGAGACACAUCAAGAGGAGGUUGAUAAGGCUUUGCAAAGCAUGGAAGGUGAAGCUGAUCGUAUUUACAAGGAUGAACGUGAUUUACUUCUUGAUGAUGAAGCUGCCUCUACUAGAGAUGCUAUGUAUGAGCAGGCUGAAUUUAUAGAGAGGGAAAUGGAGCAGAUGACAGAGCAGAUAAAAUCAAUUAUUCAGACCCUAAAUGCCAGCCAGGGUGGAGAGCUUGAUACAAACGACACAAUGACUCCACUAGAUGCCGUCGUGAAAAUUUUAAACAAUCAACUAAGUUCAUUAAUGUGGAUUGAUGAAAAGGCCGAAGAAUUCUCCACGCGUAUUCAGAAGCUAGCCAGCCAAGGUUCUGCCGCCGAUCGCCAAUUGGUGGGUCCCAAAUUCUGGAUGUCCUGAUUAACAACCUGCAUUUCAUUUUUAUGGUACUUCAAUAUGAUUCCCGCUUGAAUCAGCUUCUUGAGAUGAUAGAAGAUCAUAUGCAGAGGUGAAAAGUUGCGUUUUUUUUUUGUUUUUUUGUUUUUUUUCAACCUGGAGAAAUGUUUCCUUGUAACCAAUAUGUUUUACUUUUGGAUGAAUAGAGAUGUUUGUGGUGAAUUACUUUGGCCCUUGUGUCGCUUGUAACCUUACAUCUGUUGAUAUCCUUUUGUCACAUCCAAUAAUUCAGGAUGUCACUUCUCUUUCUUUUCUCUGUCGUGAAAUCUGUAAACAUUCUCGUCUUUCUGCUAGCUGCACCCAGAAAAAGUGGUGCCAUAAAAAUUGCGUGAAAAUUAUGGGAGCUUUUGUGAUAA